AUGAAUUCAUCAAUACUGAUGCAGAUUGAAGCCGUGUACUAUCCUAUUCUCGCAAUCGUUGGUGUGCCUGCUAAUUUAUUGUCAAUUGUGAUUCUUCCCCGUGGAAAUUGUGGUCUAACUAAAUGUAUUACCUAUUACCUGGUCUCAAUGGCAGCAGCAGAUAUCCUUGUCAUAAACUUUGAAGUAAUUUUGCAUGAGAUUAAAGACACCUAUUUCCCAAAGUCAUUUCUGGAUUACACUUCUAUUUGUCGUCUUACUUUUGUCUUCAGUUUUAUUUCCAUUGAUUGCUCUGUCUGGCUAACAGUUGUUUUCAGCUUUGAUCGGACUGUAUCCAUCUGUUGUCAAAAGUUGCGAGUCAAAUACUGUACAGAGAAAACUGCAGCUCUGGUUAUAGCCACUGUUUGUGGACUUUGUGUUGGACAAAAUUUACCACUUUAUUUUGUAAACCAACCUGGAAACAUUAUUGAAAACAUGGCAUGGUUCUGUGUUGUAAAGCCUGAGUUCUAUGUUUUGCCCACUUGGCGGGCUUACUUGCAUUUUCAUACUAUUUUAACCCCAUUUUGUGCAUUUUUCUUUAUUUCACUAUUCAAUGCUUUGACAAUCAGGCAUAUUGUAAGGAGCAGUUUGAUAAGGAGACACUUCAGGAAAGAUAUUAAAGACCCAACAGUCAAAAAUCGCAGAAAAUCCAUCAUAUUGCUGCUUUCCAUUUCUGGAAGUUUUAUCUUACUAUGGAUGCUAAUUUCUUUCUGUCACAUAUCUGUACAAUUUACAGAGAACCAGUUUUACCAGACUGAUUAUAUUGAUCCUUUCACAAUUACGGAACACACAGGAUACAUGCUUCAACGUUUGAGUUCCUGCACCAACACAUUUAUUUAUGCAAUGGCGCAGACAAAGUUCAGAAACCAGUUAAAGAAUGUGAUUAAAUGUCAAAGUUAG